GGACUCUUGCCACUCCACGAGCACCACCAGGCCAUCCCCCCGUAUACCCAUUUCCUUGUUCGGUCGGAACGCGGCGGCGGCGGCGGCGGCGAGAGGGAGAGAGAGGGGAGAGUCGGCAGGCCCCGAGGGAGGAGGCAGCGGCGGGCCGGACAAUAUGAGCGGCAACGGCGCGAAGAAGGUGGUGGAUGUGGCCGUGAAGGCCGCCAAGGCGAUCGAUUGGGACGGCAUGGCCAAGAUGCUCGUCUCCGACGAGGCGCGCAAGGAGUUCGCCACGCUCCGCCGCACCUUUGAGGACGUCAACCACCAGCUCCAGACCAAGUUCUCCCAGGAACCCCAACCGAUUGAUUGGGAGUACUACAGAAAAGGAAUUGGAUCAAAAGUGGUGGAUAUGUACAAAGAGGCUUAUGAAAGCAUCGAGAUCCCGAAGUACGUCGACACAGUUACUCCCGAGUACAAGCCGAAGUUUGAUGCUCUGGUUGUUGAAUUGAAGGAGGCUGAGAAAGCGUCUCUGAAGGAGUCAGAAAGGAUAGAGAAGGAAAUUGCUGAACUCAAGGAAAUGAAGAAAAAGAUCAGUACAAUGACAGCAGAUGAGUACUUUGAGAAGCACCCUGAACUCAAGAAGAAGUUUGACGAUGAAAUCCGUAAUGAUUACUGGGGAUAUUGAAGAGAUUGGAGAGAACUCUUAUCUUGCCAUUUCCAUGUCUGUGAAGAACCAAUAAUUUUUCUGUGCCCCGAUAUGUAUAGGGGAAAUCUGCAAUCUCAAAUUGGUGGUUUCCAUAGCAUGUGCACGGGGUUUGGGUGGAAUGCCUACAGAAUCGACUGUGUCAAGCUUUCUUGAAAUUCCAUCGAAACAUGUUUUGUUUGAUCUCAUCAUUUUGAAGAGGAUCCCUGCUUUUGUCAUACAAAGAUUAUGAUAUGAUCUUAGCCCCUUUCUACUUGAAUAAGAGGUUUUCUGCAGACCCUUUUCCUCUACUGGCCUUCUGUGACGCAUUGGUCUGAAUCCUUGUAAAUGUUCGGUGCAAGUGUGGCACUUAUCCUACCUUACUAUUAGAAAGUUGAAACUGCCGUCUUGGACAUCAACAGUCUUCAAAACAUAAUGUUUAUGGAUUGAAAUGUUGAUGUAUGUACUUGUGAAGGAAGAACCUACUAUUCUUUGUUGAACUUAAGGCAUGAUGAUUUGUCCUUUUUUGAA